AUGGCUGAGGAUAAGUCAAAUUUUCUGCUUCCAAACAACCAGAAAUUUGUAGAACUGGAUAGCUCACAGGCAUUUAAUAAACUAACUAACACAGAAAAACUCUAUGCACAUUAUUUGAGUAAGUCAGCAUGGAAUGGUGGGCUUAUUGUCCUCUUGCAAACAAGCCCGGAGUCUCCAAAAAUCUUCUCAUUGCUACACAGAAUCUUUGUUGGAGAAUCGUUGCAGUCUUUAAGAGAAGCUACUAACAAGCAAGGAGUCAGUAAUGAUGAUUUCCAGGCAUUUCUGGUUUAUGCCGGUGGCGUUUUCGCUAACAGCGGUAAUUAUAAAGGAUUUGGCGAUACAAAGUUUAUCCCAAACCUUGACAUGCAGACCUUCGAGCUUAUUGUUAAAGCAUCCAAAGCUUUCGAAAAUGAUACUCAACACAUGAUGAAACUUUGGCAACAGAUUCAACACUCUAUAUAUAGUAUUGCACCAAGGCUCACCAGUCUUGGGCUGGCUGAUAAGGGUGUUACAACAUAUUUCUCAAGUAACUGCACCGAGGAAGACUCAAACUUAGUCAAUGACUGGAUGAAAACGAAGCGUAUUGAGGCGUACAUUUGUCGCACGUUUAAAACAACAAGCGAUGAUGGCUUGCCCCUGUACACUAUCCAUUUGGCUAGUGUGGAGUCGUCAGCGAAACCACCUCUUACUAUGGACGUGGAAAAAUACAAGGGCGCAUAUUUCCAAGUCACUCGCGGGGACUACUCCCCACUUCUGAAUCGCGUCAACGAAAACUUAACCAAGGCAAUGGACUACGCCGCGAAUGACAACGAGAAGAAUAUGCUUCUGCAUUAUAUCAAUAGUUUUAAAGAGGGAGAUCUCGGUGAGCAUAAACAAGGAAGCCGGUUCUGGAUUAAGGACAAGGGACCUAUAAUUGAAACAUAUCAAGGCUUUAUUGAAACGUAUCGCGAUCCGAGCGGGCAACGUGGUGAAUUUGAAGGUUUCGUCGCCAUGGUGAAUAAAGAAAUGUCCAAGAAAUUCGGCUCAUUAGUCGAUGGAGCGGAACGAUUCAUUAAGAUGUUGCCCUGGGGGAGUGAUCUCGAGAAGGACACCUUCUUGAGACCCGACUUUACUAGCUUGGAUGUGCUGACAUUCUCUGGCAGCGGCAUCCCAGCUGGAAUUAACAUUCCUAACUACGACGAAAUUCGUCAAAACGAAGGCUUCAAGAACGUGUCCUUAGGGAAUGUGAUCCCGGCCGCGUACAAAGAGUCUGUCAUUCCAUUUUUAUCGGAUGCUGAUAAGCAACUUUUGGAGAAGUACAGGGUGGCUGCUUUUGAAGUACAAGUGGGUUUGCAUGAGCUGCUGGGCCAUGGCAGUGGGAAACUUUUAAUGGAAAAUGCCGAUGGUACAUUUAAUUUCAAUAAAGAUGCUGUGAAGAAUCCUCUUACUGGUAAGGAGAUUGAGUCAUGGUAUACCGCAGGUGAAACCUAUGACAGCAAGUUUACGACGCUCGGAUCUGCUUUUGAAGAGUGCCGUGCAGAAGCUGUUGGUCUAUAUCUGUCUUUAGUGCCGGAAAUAUUGAAGAUCUUCGGGUACGAGGGACAGGAGGCGGAAGACGUGACGUACGUGAACUGGCUCAGUUUGCUGUGGAAUGGGGCCGCAAAAGCCACAGAGAUGUACCAACCUUCCACAAAGACCUGGCUGCAGGCGCAUGCUCGUGCCCGUUUCGUGCUCAUGCGACUGUUGGAGUUAGAAGGGGACGGCAUGCUCACGGUCACGGAGUCCGAGCCUGGCAAGAACUUACUACUCACACUCCAGAAGGAUAAACUAGCCACGCAGGGGAAAAAAAUCAUAGGCGAGUUCCUAGUGAAGCUGCAAACAAUAAAGGCGACGGGCGACUUCGCGGCCGGCGAGCAGCUGUUUACCAAGUACAGCCAGCUCGACGAGCCUUGGGGGCGCUGGCGCAACAUCGUCAUGAUGCACAAGCAGCCGCGCAACAUCUUCGUUCAGCCAAACACCGUUCUCGCGAAAGGUGACGAAAUAGAGCUGAAGCGUUAUCCGGCAAGCGCGGAGGGCAUGGUCAGAUCCUGGGUGGAACGCUUUCCUAACACUGACGUGGAUGACAUCCUGGAACAACUUGCGGAGCGAGAUAGCCAGUACUUUACAGAGCUAAAGCCGAUUACUGCCGCCGCGUAG